UAUCGUGGGCUGUGCCGCAGGAACGUAGGGCCCGGGAGGCCUGGGACGCAGCCAGGAGAAAAAAAUGUCAGUCCUCACUUCUCCCAGAGGGAAGGUAGAAGUGGUUCAUUGUCCAAGAACAGAAUCCCAGGAUAUCUUUUGUAUCAAAAGCCUCAUUAGAAAAUUUACUCAGAAGCUCUUUGGGAGGAUAAAUAUCAUCUAUCUUCUAGAAAAGGCAAACCUUGCUGUUACCCUCUGUAAUGACAAGGAGGAGAUCAUGGCCCAUGGCAUCUUCUUAGACUACCCCAACUGGAAUGUUGCCAAGCAGGACAACUGGGUGUCCGUGUUCGAGGAGCUUGACAAUGAAAUCCCGUGCACACCUCUGAAUACACUGUUUAUGCACUUCUUCGUGGCUGUGGACGAGUAUGCCACUGGCUGCCUCAAAGAGAUCAUUCGGACUGUGUUCAAGGCAGUGCCAGAACUAUACUUCAUAUUCCUUAUAGUGCCAACAUAUGUGAGCCUAGGUUCAACUCUGAUAACUGUGUUUGACCUAGUGGGGAACGUUCCAUGUCUGACCUAUGAUGAAGAUUUUGCAGUACACAUAUGUCACAGGCAUGACCACUACCCUCAGCUGCAUAUUCGCAAAGCCAGGUACCGUUGGCAAAGUGCCUGUGUGAUGUAAACUUCAUGGACGGUCAUCUUUAUAAGGAACUCCCCCCCUUUAGAUAUUCAAGGCAGGGUUUCUCUGUGUAGCCUUUGCUGUCCUGCAACUCUUUCUGUAGACCAGUCUAGCUUUGAACUCACAAAGAUCUGCCUGCCUCUGCCUCCCAACGUUCUGGGAUUAAAGGCAUGUGGCCAUCACCACCCAGCUAUAAGAGACUUUUUAAUCAGUCAGUUAGAUUAAAUUUUUGUGAUACUCAUAACAUUCAUUUGGCGAUUCCUAGCAUCUCCCUAGAUGGCGUGAUUACCAAGACUAUCCGGUUCUGUGUAGCUGGGGACUUACGCAUUUACUACCAGGGGCUUCUAAAAUAGCCCUUAA